AUGCAGUGUGGGCCGAGGGCUCUUCUCAUGAUGUGCCUCCUUCUGGCGCUUGUGGCCGCGAGGGUUGGCGGAGCAUCAGUUGUGGCAGAGUGGGAUCCGGAAACCGCGGAGGGCAGAGGGGCACGCUCGGCCAGGCUCGCCGCGCUGCCGCAGCUUGAUGCCACGCGCUGGGCGAAUAAAGGCGGCCACCGCUGCGGCGCCACGCCGGCCUUCCCCGUCAACAGGCAGGUGCUUGUGAAGGUGCGGACGACGACGGGGGAGCGACAGUUUGUGUUGUAUGUUCCUCCGGCGUACACGCAACGCGGCAAUUCAAAGGUUGCGCUUCAGCUCCUCUUUCAUGGCCUAAACGACAACUGUGGCAGAUUUUUGAAUACCACCGGCUUCGUGGAGCACGCGAACCGAGAUGGAUUCAUCGUGGCAAGCCUCUGCGGCUCCGUUGGGUUUGUUGGCGUCGGGUGGAACUCCGGCACCUGCUGCGGAUUCACUUCGCCCGACAGCCCCAACGACUUCGAAUUUGCCGAGAAAGUUGUCGAGGUUGUCGCCGCCGGAGCCUGCGUCGACCCCGCAAAGGUGAUGGCGGUCGGAUUCAGCAAUGGGGCUAUGAUGGCAGAAGUGCUCGGCUGCGAGAAGCCAAAGGUGGUGCGCGCCGUGGCGUCGGUUGGUGGGAUUGUGGAGCUUCGCCCCGGCAAUGAGGCCGGCCUCGAGGCGUGCGGCCGCGAUAUUCGUGCAGACAACCCCGAUGGCCGCCGCCCAAGCGUGUUGAUGGUGCACGGCAACCUGGACUUGAUUGUUCCCGUGGGCGGCGACAAAUUAUUGGGCUUCCCACCGCUGAAGGACAACGUUGCCGCCUGGGCAAACUUCAAUGGUUGUGGCGACAACGCCAAUGUCACCUUCAACACCCCAAAGUACACCAAUGAAGUGUAUGUGGACUGUGACAGUGCAGCUGCCACCUCAGAGCCUCGCAUGCGGCGUUAUUUGCUUCGCGCAAGAACUGCAGUUACGGGAUACCUCACGGGUCAGAACGUGGCCUCUCUCCGUCGCUCCAUUGUGGAGAUUGUGCAUGCAAUUUACUCUGGUCAUUCUUGGCCGGAGGACGACGAGUUCUCGACAACAGACUACAUUUACGAGUUUGGUAAGCGAGUCUUCUCUAGUUACUAA